AUGCUAGUGAUCGACAGCAGAGUUGUCACCGAAGCACAAUUGAACGCACUAUGCUCAAGAGCUGUCUACAUGGAAAUCUGUAUCAACGUCUUCCAAUCGCCUAUCCAACAAAUAAGCUGCCCUCAUCUGCGUGUUUUGAAACCAUGCAUGCCUAAUAAGCUGGCUCUGAGAGUGGUGAACAACAAUGCCCUGACGAACAUCGUUCUCUCCGAUUCCCUUCGCCUUUCCAAGUCAAUAGAGGUCCGCGGCAACCAGCUGCUCAGUGCUGAAUCAAGGAGAAAGCUCAAAUUAAUCUGUCCUGCUUGCAUUAUUCGUUAA